UUCCCAUGACCCCUUGCACUUCCUUCACCUUCACAGCUCACGAAGGGUACAUCCUUCAAAAGAAGCAGGAUGCCAAUUCCCCGGAGAGCUCUCUGCCCAUGGGCUCCAUGGCUAACUGCUCCGGCCGCAAGAUCCCAUGGCCUCGGUGGUGCUCCGAUGCCCCUCACCCACUGCUGAAGAUCCCCGGUGGGCGAGGGUCAGGCAGGGAUCACCUCCUCAGUGUGCUCCUUUACAAGGAUGAGAGGCUGACGGUAACACAGGCCACCCCAGCAAAUGGGACAACCUGCUUCCUGUACUUCAGGCACCAGUUGACCGAGUGUCGGACAUCCUGCUGGGAAAGCGUGCUGGUGGCCGACAGCCUCUUUCUGCAGAUCCCAGAGGGGCACCUUCCAGAGGGGAGCAAAGAGGGUCUCAUCCUUCUCCUUCAGUUUGCUGAAGAGAAUCUCAAAGUCCGCUAUGUCUUUGCAUGGUUUUCAAAAAACAGAGAGGAUCGAUUGUCCAUCACAAAGACUUUCCACUACAUGGGGUUCGAGAUGGUGAAGCCAGGUCAUCCACUGGUGCCCAAUCAGACCAACUGGCUAUUCAUGCUUUACUCGCUGGAUCCCAGCAGCUCAGAGGAAGCCUGAAGACAUCAUGGCCUUCGGGUUUCUCCCGUUGUCCCUCGCCCAACCUGGCAGCCUCGGCAUGCAACUCGAUCAAGGCAAUCCCUCUGUGUGGGGCUGCUUGCGGGAGACCUGUUAGUCAUUCAGUGAUUCAGGCAUCCUGAGGUGUGCAUUGAGAUCAAGCUGGGCUGAGAGAUCAUCCCAUUAGCUGGUUUCCAUUCUUUGCCUGUGCCAGUAAGCAGUCCCUUGCCAAGGAAGAUUUCACAACUGGGUCAUUUGGUGCUAUAAAUACUCAUAUCCCCCGAAAACCUUGCACCAAAUAUCACUGUAUACAGGUUUAUGCAUUACUGAAAUAAGAAACUGUCUUUAAAGAAGACCAAAAAGUAAAUGUAUGGAGAGUGAUAUUUAGAAGCUAUUGACCUACUAUACCAGUCAAAAGUUUGAGUGCAUUUACCGAAAGCUUUCACAAGUCAUUCAUUCUUUACCAGUAACCAUUUACAGAGUUUGGGGUCCUGACAGUCCUCAGCCUAUCCAGGAAACAUGAGGUGUGAGGCAAGGUACACCCUGGAUAAGACACCAGUCUAUCGCAGGACAUUCACUCAAACAUUCACACAUUGUGGCCAAUGUGGAGUCACCGAUUCACCUGAAAUGUCUUCGGACUGUGGGAGAUAAUAGAGCACCUGGGACAAACAUGGGGAAAACAUUCAAACCUACUUGCUUAACAGGUCUGAUCACAAAAUGUGAUCUUGUGACUCUUGUCCAAUUCUUCACAUGCAAACUUUGGACUGGUAAUGUAGAUUCUCUAGUGAUUAUAGUUAAACUGUAUUUCUGUUUUAUAUGAUACCUGGCAACUUUUUGGUGAUAUAGAGCAAUAACUUGUAUAUCCUUAGUGACUUGCAGUACAUCUGUUUUUGUCCAGUUUUCUGGGUGUUAAAAUCUUUCAGCUCAGGUCAGCUAUUUUCUACCAUCUACUGCCAAAGGAAAACAGGUAAAAGUCUUUAUCCCUUUUGUCUGUUGUCACUGUUUUACUGUAGGUAUUCAUAUUCUUACUGCUGACUUUGUGUUGCUGUUUGCCUGAGUGUUCCUAAGAGCAAGUUAAUCAAUUAGGUUGCAUGAGGAGAUGGUUAUGAUGAAGCAACACAGAAAGUGUCAUUGUGAUAAAAGAGCAAGCCCAUUCACUCAGGAGCUGAGACUCGGUGACUGCUCAGGAUCGUUGAGGUCGCAGUCACUUUAGACAUGAAUUGAAAAACACUGAAAUGAAAUUAAGAAUAUUCUAUACAACUAUAAUGCUAUAUUCCACACAACUACAUGUAGUGGCCACUGAUUUUCCACUAAAGGCCUUAGUAAAGCCACCACCUGUCCUGGUCAUGUGACUUAUUUAAAACAUGUACAGGGCUCUUACAUGCCUGUGAAAGUGUGUAAAGUUAACAUGCUUUUCAGUCUUACUGUAAAAUGUCAAUCUUCAUUCUUAAUGAAAAUAUAUGUAAAAGAAAUGGCAGAAAGAUUUGACACAAGGAAUGUAUAUCAGGAAAGUUAUAUAACAGGUACAUGAUAUCCAGUAGUAUGUAGCUGUUCUUCCCGUUUUUACCAGCUUAACCAGAGUCUCAGUGACCCUUGAAUAAUGACAGCCUCCAUGAAGGUUGGCUUACAAGGCAAAUUAAGGACACACACUACACUGUUUGCCUGGGUGCUCACACUUUGAACUGAACACUACCUGGCGGAAUCAAAGAAGCUAUAGUGAUACAUAAUUAAAUGCAUAUGCAAUAAGUGACAUCAGCACUUGAUAUUGCAUUCUUCAGUACAUCUUAAACAGGAUAUAGCUAGCAUAUAUGGAGCACUGCUAUUCAAUCUGUAAUUAGUUUUUUUUUUUUUUUUACUUUAAGAAAUGCUUAAAGCUAUACUAAAGUGGUGCAUGUACAUAUUUACUUUUAAGUUUUUGCAAAUUAAAAUAAAUUUGAGCUCAUCUCUUAUUCCAUUG